AUGAACUCGACCGGCCAGGAGCAGAGCGAGCAAAACUCGUUCCCCCCACCGUGCAAGGCGGGCUGCGGGUUCUUUAGCAACGCGAGCCUCGGGGGCUACUGCUCGAAGUGCCACAAGGAGUUCUCCGAGCUCGAGGACAGCACGGUCGCUUCCACCCCGGCUGCCUCCACCGCGCCGGCCCCGGCCUCCCCCGAGGCCUGCGAGCCCGCGCAGCCUGCCCCCGCGCCCGUCGAGCAGCUCGCGGAGCCCUCGCCCGCGCCGUCGGAACCGCACGCGGCCACCCCUGAGGCGCCCUGCCCAGAGGUCGCCUCCGCCCGGCCAGCGCAGAAGAACCGUUCGCGCUGCUACACCUGCAAGAAGAAGGUCGGACUCACGGGCUUCGAGUGCAAGUGCGAGUACGUCUUCUGCGGCUCCUGCAGAUACCCGGAGAAGCACUCGUGCAGCUUCGACCACAAGGCCGAGGGGCGCGAGCGCCUGGCGACCCAGAACGAGAGGAUCGUCGCCGACAAGAUCGCUCGGUUCUGA